GCUUCAAAAUAUCACGAGGAAAUCUAUAGGCUCAAUGCAGGAAAGGAUAAUAAAUAGAAAUAUUUAUAGAAGUCUGAGAUACUAGCAAUGACUAUUAGUAAUCUGUGAUACUAGUGUUCUGUGAUAGAAUAUUGGGAAUACCAUUCUGUGGGGAAUACCAUAGAAUUAAUAAAACCAUAUAUUAUUAGUUCAAUAAUGGGGAAUACUUUCUGUGGUUUUGACAUUUACCUGACGUGUACCAAUGUACGAAGUCAGGCAUUCUCAAUUCUUGAAAAUUCUCUAUUCAACUAAAAAUCCCCUUGAAGAUUGAUAUAAUUCUCGACGGAGUUUGUGUGUUAUUGCGAAUCGUGUUGUGGAACAUUUAAUCCUCUGUUGUUUAUUUAUCCUUGCAGCUUAAGCAUCAUAUCCACCCUUGCGUAUUGUCGCAAAAAGCUACAAUGUCUGCUCACGAUCAAAUGAGAGCAAUGCUCGACCAACUUAUGGGUACUGGUCGAAAUGGGGAAAACAACAAAUACCAAGUGAAAUUCAAUGAUCCAAAAGUGUGCAAAUCCUUCCUGCUGAGUUGUUGUCCACAUGAAAUCCUCUCUUCCACCCGUAUGGACUUAGGUGAAUGCCCUAAAAUUCAUGAUUUAGCGCUUCGUGCAGAUUUCGAAAAUGCCCAAAGAAUUAAAGACUAUUUCUACGAUCUUGACGCCAUGGAACAUCUUCAAGCUUUCAUCAGUGAUUGUGAUCGCAGAACAGAAUCCGCUAAACAGAGACUGGCUGAAACCCAAGAAGAACUUAGUGCUGAGGUAGCAGUGAAAGCGAACAGUGUUCAUGAACUGGCCGAACAAAUUGGUCAAAAGCUGGCCAAAGCGGAGCAACUGGGCCAAGAAAGUUUCGUCGAAGAAAGUAUGAAACUCAUGGAAGAGGUGGAAGAGUUACGUAAGAAAAAACUGGACGCCGAACAGGAAUACAGAAAUUCUAUGCCUGCCAGUAGCUAUCAACAGCAGAAGUUGCGGGUCUGUGAGGUUUGUUCUGCUUACUUGGGUAUUCAUGAUAAUGACAGACGAUUGGCGGAUCACUUUGGUGGCAAGCUUCAUCUUGGAUUCAUUAAGAUUCGAGAGAAAUUGGCGGAACUUGAGAAAUCUGCAGAUAAGAGGAGAGAUGAAAAACGUAAAGCAGGACGUGGUGAAAGGGACAGGGAGGAUAGAGAAGAAAGGGGAUACAGAGAUAGACAUCGUGAACAUUACGUUGGUGGCCGUGAACUGGAUAGGAGGUCAAAAAGGCACAGGUCUCGAUCCAAAGACCGCAAAGAUAGGGAGAAAAAUAAGGAUAAAGAAGAACGUGGUAGUGGGAGCCGAAACUAUCGUUCGAGAUCUAAAAGCCGGGAUAGGGAUCGUAGGUCGAGAUCUCGUCAUUCAAGACAUUGAUGUGUCGUCUCAUUAUCCCAUAAAUUUUGAAUUCUAGUUAGUAGAGCAUGGAAAUGUUGACCUCGUUUUGGAAACUAAUGAGUUAUUUUUAAUUUGUCGAUAUUUGUACAAAUUAUUGAUUCUUGAAUUGAGUAUUUAUGUUACAGAUGAUGUUGAUGCACUGUAGAGUUAGGUAUUAAAAAAUAAAAUACAUAAAUUCUUUCAUUCA